CACUGUUGCCGCUUUCACCAAUUGGUUUUGUCGCUCACCAACUGACGUGGGUUAUUUUCUGUCAACGUCAAAGGUUUCGUGAAUUUCCUUCGUUUCGUAUAGAUAUCGUUCACAUAGAAAAUACAACAAGCAAUUGAAGAAAAAAGAAACAAGAUGUCCGUGACCGAGCAACCUUGCUAUACCCUCAUCAGUACCCCAGAUUCUGAUUAUCCACCACCAGAUCAGCUACGAAAAGAAUUGGAAAUUGGAGAUAUAAAAGCCAAAAUUGAUGCCUUAAAAAAGGCCAUUUAUAUAAUUUUAAAUGGAGAAAAGAUUCCAGGAAUCCUCAUGGCUGUUGUUAAAUUUGUGCUGCCUCUACAAGACCACAAUGUCAAGAAAUUAUUGCUGAUAUUCUGGGAAAUUAUCCCAAAGACAUCAGCAGAUGGAAAGCUCCUGCAUGAAAUGAUUCUUGUUUGUGAUGCCUACAGAAGAGAUCUGCAACAUCCUAAUGAGUUUAUCAGAGGGUCAACUUUGCGCUUUCUUUGCAAACUUAAAGAACCUGAGAUCCUAGAGCCGUUGAUGCCGUCGAUCAGGUCGUGUUUGGAACAUCGACAUAGCUACGUUCGGCGCAAUGCCGUUUUGGCUAUUUACACAAUUUAUCGCAAUUUUGACUUCCUCAUUCCCGAUGGACCAGAAUUAAUCGCAAAUUUUUUGGAACGUGAACAGGAUAUGUCCUGCAAACGAAAUGCGUUCAUGAUGUUGAUUCAUGCCGACCAAGAUAGAGCUCUUUCUUACCUUACUUCGUGCAUUGAUCAAGUUCAUUCCUUUGGCGAUAUUCUACAGCUGGUCAUCGUUGAACUAAUUUAUAAGGUAUGCCACGCCAAUCCUAGUGAACGGUCGCGCUUUAUUCGAUGCAUCUACAGUCUCCUGAAUGCAACAAGUCCGGCUGUUCGCUACGAAGCCGCUGGUACCCUAGUAACUCUGUCGUCUGCACCCUCAGCUAUCAAAGCUGCCGCCAGUUGCUAUAUCGAAAUUAUCCUAAAGGAAAGCGAUAAUAAUGUGAAGCUGAUUGUACUGGAUCGCCUAAUUGCUUUGAAAGAGCAACCAAACCAAGAACGUGUCCUGCAGGAAUUGGUCAUGGAUAUUUUACGUGUUUUGGCAACUCCCGAUUUGGAGGUUCGGAAGAAGACGCUAUCGCUCAUUCUUGAUUUGGUGUCAUCACGCAAUAUUGAGGAUAUUGUACUUGUUCUGAAAAAGGAGGUAACGAAAACGCACAACACAACUGAGCAUGAAGAUACGGGAAAAUAUCGACAACUGUUGGUGCGCACUCUUCAUUCUUGCUGCAUCAAGUUUCCUGAUAUUUCUGCGACCGUAAUUCCUGUCCUAACAGAAUUUCUUUCCGACACCAACGAACUAGCAGCAGCGGAUGUUUUGGUAUUUGUCCGCGAAGCGAUUCAAAAAUUCGAGGGGCUGCGUCCGCUUAUAAUCGAAAAGCUCCUCGAAGCCUUUUUUCGAUCAAGUAAAUCGGUCAAGGUGCAUCGUGCGGCAAUCUGGAUCUUGGGCGAGUACGCUACUUCGACUGAUGACAUUCGUUCAGUCAUGUCGAAAAUACGACAGUCGCUGGGUGAAAUUCCUAUGGUGGACGAUGAAAUCCGGAAAGCAGCUGGAGAUCAACCCGAUGGAGAAAGUUCUGCUACACAAGGAAAUGUCGUUGUCAGUAAUCCGACGGCUCCCAACGCUCGCUUAGUCACAGCAGAUGGUACCUAUGCCACCCAGUCUAUCUUCAGCACUGCCAACAACCGCCAAAAAGAAGAAAGACCACCUCUUCGAAAGUAUCUGAUGGAAGGUGAUUUUUUCAUUGGAGCAUCAAUGGCUACAACUCUAACCAAACUAGCCUUACGUUUUGUGCAACAAAUUUCUAGCACGCAAAUCCAAAACCAGUUUUGUGCAGAAGCCAUGCUUGUUAUCACGGCAAUCCUUCAUUUGGGCCGUUCUGGUUUGCCACAAAAACCAAUCAGUAACGAUGAUGCUGCAAGACUAGGGCUUUGCCUUAAGGUGCUGUCAGAACGAUCACCCAUCUUGGUAGAAGUCUUUACAGAUGCCUGUCGUCGUUCAAUUUCGCUUAUGCUAGCCGCUAAGGCUGAAGAAGAAGCUGCUGCCCAAAAGAAUUUAGAAAAGAACAAUCGAUCGGUCCAAGCUGAUGACCUCGUCUCGUUUAAGCAACUUCUUUCUCGUAAUGAACUAGGCGGCCUCGAAGACGUAUUUGAAUCGAGUUUGUCGCAAGCUUUGGUAGGAUCCGCUCAGCGAACCGGACUGGAUCUGAGCGUCUCAAAACUGAACAAAGUGACACAGUUGACGGGUUUCUCCGAUCCCGUCUAUGCCGAGGCAUAUGUCAACGUGAACCAGUAUGACAUCGUCCUUGAUGUUUUGAUUGUCAAUCAAACCGCUGAUACCCUUCAAAACUGCACGUUGGAACUGGCUACGCUCGGUGAUCUGAAACUUGUAGAAAAGCCUUCAGCCAUCAUUUUGGCCCCACAUGACUUUGCUAACAUUAAGGCUAGCGUUAAGGUUGCUUCGACGGAGAAUGGUAUUAUUUUUGGAAACAUCGUCUACGACGUGACUGGCUCUACAUCUGACCGAAAUGUUGUGGUUUUAAAUGACAUUCACAUUGACAUCAUGGAUUAUAUAAUGCCAGCCAGCUGUACUGACGCUGAGUUCCGUCAAAUGUGGGCCGAUUUUGAGUGGGAAAACAAGGUUACUGUCAACACCAAUAUUAAUGAUCUAAAUCUCUAUUUGCAACAUCUUCUCAAGUCGACAAACAUGAAGUGUUUAACACCAGAGAAAGCCUUAGCUGGUGAUUGUGGUUUUAUGGCAGCCAACUUAUACGCGCGUUCCGUCUUCGGAGAAGAUGCAUUGGCUAAUCUCAGCUUGGAGAAACCAUUCGGUAAAUCCGACGCACCAGUUACAGGACACAUUCGCAUUCGUGCCAAGAGUCAAGGAAUGGCUCUCAGUCUCGGUGACAAAAUUAACACGAUUCAAAGGCUUCAGUAAAACAUGUCGUGGCUUAAAUGUAACCGCAGUAUUCUCCACGGUUGCUUCCAAAAAAAUUCAUUCGUUCUUUGAUUCACUAUUAUUCCCAAAUUGAAAUGUCUAUUUGUUGCAAGUGUUUUUUCCUCAUCUACAUUCUUUAAGGAAUAUGUGGAAUGCAGUUGUUGAUUAGUUUUUCUUCAUCAAUAUAACAGUGGGCUAUGUUA